GAAAUACUUUUGAGUCAAAAGCUCUGCCUUUGUUCUGGCAACUGACGGAGUAAGAAAGACUGCUGCUUGGGGGUUCUUUUCAGCAUUAAGUGUUUCCACCGGCCCCCAUAGAGACAACAGCAAAAGAUGUCCUGGGCGUCGUUGGUGAAGUCGAUUAAGCCGGAGGAGGCGGCAAAGUUUCUGGAGAAGCCGCAGGCGGUGGUGUACGCCGUCGACGCUUCACAGGACAGUGCCGAGCGUGCGCUGCAGAACCCGACACACGACACUGCGGAGGUGAAGUUGCCGUCCUUCUCCAAAGGUCUUCUCAUUUUAGAUGCCAACGCGAUCAUCAAGGGCAUGGACAACUUCGUCUCCACCGCGGACGCCCUCGUCACCAUUCCACAGGUGGUCAGCGAAAUCAAGGAUCGCGCGUCGCGUGACUUGCUGGAGCGUCUCCCGCACACCAUCACCGUGUUGGACCCUACGCGGGAGGCGGUGGCGGCCGUUGUGGCCUGUGCGGAGCGCACCGGCGACUUCGGCGCCAUGUCGCGCACCGAUAUUCGGCUCUGCGCCUUGGCACUGGACUGCUGCAAGGCCGGGGGCUUCUUAGGCGAGCCGAUCGCGCCGCGCCCGCCGCAGGUCAACCCGAAGAACGACGAUAAAAUUGAAGUAGUGACGGAGGAGAUGAGUGAGGGCGAGUACGACGAGAACACCGAGCAGGAAGAGGAGGAAAACGAAGAAGGAGACGAGCCGGCGGGUACUACGGAGGGCAACGCUCCUGCCGCUCCCCGCGAGAGUCGGCUCCCAGGUUGGGGAAACUGGGAAGAUGAACAGAAGGAAGGUGCGGGCGUGCACGCAGACGACGACGGCGAGGGCGACUGGAUUACCCCUGAAAACAUCCACGAAAUGCAGAAUGGAUCGCGUGGAACGGGUCGUGCCUUCGAGGCGGGAAUGGCCUGCGUGACGUCCGACUACGCCAUGCAGAACACGUUAAUGCACCUUGGUGUGCCCAUCGUGGGGACGAACGGCAUGCACAUUCACGAGCUGCGUCUGUGGCUCAUGCGAUGCACGGCGUGUUUUGCGUUGGUGGUGGACACGACCCGCCAGUUCUGCCCCGAGUGCGGCUCCGGCGACACACUCCGCCGCGUCAACUACGUCGUGAACGACAAGGGUGAGAAGAAGCUGUACAUCAACUUCAAGCGAAAAAUAAGCACGCGCGGUACCAUCUACAACUUGCCAAAGCCGCGUGGCGGCAAGAAGGGCACGAACCGCAACCUUGUUCUCCGCGAGGAUCAGCUGGCGCACGUAGUCCGCGGCACCACGAGCAGCAAAGUGAAGGAGCACCAGGUGAUGCAGCACGACGACGACGCGCUCGCUGCUUUUGGCGAGAUGCCGAAGCACAAGAAGAAGAACCUCGCCGACCCACGCGCCUACUCGUCCUACCACAAGUACAACGUGAACGAGAAGAAGAAGGUGCGGGCGGCCCAUCGCAAGUGA